CUGUGCGCUUCCCCUCCUGGAAGUUCCCUGACCGCAUGGCCUGUGACCUCGACAUGGUGGCCCUGCUGGAGCACUAUGACCAUGUUCCAGGUGACCCCGAGUUCACGCAGCUGUCCCAUGCCGUGCUGCUGGAGCUGGUCAUCGACAGAUGCUUUCCCGUUCCCCGAUGUUGCUUGGCACCAUGGCAAGUGCUGUUGUCCCUGUUUGCAGAGGAGGACACCUUGGCCAGAGAGGGGCGGGGCCUGGAGGCCCUUGGCACCUCCGCCCCCAGGCCCUCUCUGCCCGAGGCCCUACAGGUUUUGGAAUGACCCUCCUGCAUCUGCAAAAAGCUAAGUUCACUCAUCUUCCUGGUAUGUGUUGUAAACACAAUACUUCUUUAAAACAGCUUGGUUCCCAUGCAAAUGCAAACUUAGCUUUUUAUUAUAAUACUCCUUUUUCUUACAAUUCAUGCCUGACUGUAGUUUUAAACUUGGAGGUUAGGACAGAGACCUAGCUGUCUUGACACAGGUCUCCACUGUCACAGAAGCAGCUCACCCUGCAGAAGCCCCUGACUAGCCUCAGGAGACUGUGCACACUCCCUGCUCUGCCCUAUCAACGUGUGUCUGUGGGCAAGCUCUUCCCCUCUCUGGGUCUCAGCUCUGUCAUCUAUCAGGUGGAGGCUCUGGGCCACUGGAUAUAAGGCAGCCGUUCACCCAGAACUUUUCAAGGACUCAGGAUACAACUGAAGCAAGGCCAGGCCUGGCUUCACAGAGCUCCCUGGUCCAGUGGAGAAGAGCCAGGCAGAAGUGCCACCCAGGAGACACAGAAGAGGCUCCCAAGCUGAGGUUGUGGCCAGGGAGGGCUUCCCGGAGGAAGUAGCCCCUGGGUUAGGUUUGAAGCUGGCCCAGCAGAGCAUAUUCUGAGACUCUCCAAGCUCUUGAUGCCUGGUCCAGUUCCCCAGAGCCAGAGCUGCGGUUGUAUGGUCUGAGGGUAUGUUAGCACCAGCCUGGGCCCCAGCAACCUAGCAUCUCUGCCCGCAGGCUCCUGCUGCUGCUUCAAAGCUGUAUGAGCUACUUGGAGAACCUUGGCUCAGAGCAGAUGAUGCCCCCUGCACAGGCUGCGGGGCCCUGCAUGUCCGUGGGGCUCACGGUGCGGCGCUUCUGGGACAGCCUGCUGAGGCUGGGCACGCUCCACCAGCAGCCACUCCCCCAGAAAGGGGCAAACCAAAGGGAGACUCCCACCACCAAGGGCGAGCCAGCCAGGAGCCCUGAAUAUCUGACUGCCAAGUUCAUCAAGCCCUCCUCCCCAGUGCUAGGCUUGCCCCAGACCUGCCAAGAGCCAGAGAGCAUCCCUGUCAGAGCCUCCCUGCAGUUCCCAGCGACGACGUCCAGGAACACCAGGAGUGUCCACUCCCAGACCAUUGAGACGGCCCUGGUGCCCUGUGACGCAUGCGCCAGCGUCCAGGGAAGCCUGCGGAAGGUGGGCAAGGUGGUCAUCAGCCUGUGUCAGAGCCAGAACCUGCCCUCGUCCUUAGGCCAGUUCCAGCAACUGGUGCAGGACAGCAUGGGGCUCAGGCCACUGCCGGCUGCCACCGUGGGCCGCUGGGCAGCAGAGCAGAGGAAAGACCUGACGCGCCUCUGUAAGCAUGUGGAGGCCCUCAGGGCCCAGCUGGAGGAGGCCGAAGGGCAGAAGGAUGGCCUGAGGAAGCAGGCGGGCAAGCUGGAGCAGGCGCUGAAACAGGAGCAGGGGGCACGGCGGCGACAGGCGGAGGAGGAUGAGCAGUGCCUGUCUGAGUGGGAGCACGACAAACAGCAGCUGCUCACAGAAACAAGUGACCUAAAGACAAAGAUGGCCACCCUGGAGAGAGAACUGAAACAGCAGCGGGAGUCCACGCAGGCUGUGGAGGCAAAGGCCCAGCAGCUGCAGGAGGAAGGCGAGCGCAGGGCGGCAGCGGAGAGGCAGGUGCAGCAGCUGGAGGAGCAGGUGCAGCAGUUGGAGGCGCAGGUGCAGCUGUUGGUGGGUCGGCUGGAGGGCGCUGGCCAGCAGAUCUGCUGGGCCAGCACGGAGCUGGAUAAGGAGAAGGCCCGUGUCGACAGCAUGGUCCGCCACCAGGAGUCUCUGCAGGCCAAGCAGCGAGCCCUGCUAAAGCAGCUGGACAGCCUGGACCAGGAAUGUGAGGAGCUGCGGGGCAGCCUGGACGAGGCUGAGGCCCAGCGGGCCCGCGUGGAGGAGCAGCUGCAGAGCGAGCGGGAGCAGGGGCAAUGCCAGCUCAGGGCCCAGCAGGAGCUGCUGCAGAGCCUGCAGAGGGAGAAGCAAGGCCUGGAGCAGGCGACUACGGACCUGCGGCUAACCAUCCUGGAGCUAGAACGGGAGGUGGUGGAGCUGAAGGAGCGGGAGCGGCUGCUGGUGGCCUUCCCAGACCUGCACAGGCCCACUGAGACCCAGAUCCAUGGUCCUAUCCCAUUGGGCACAGGAGGCAGAUCCAGCAGCGUGGAAUCCCAGAUAACAUGUCCCACAGACUCUGGCAACGUCACAGAUCACAUGGAGAGGCAAGUGCAGGCCAACGACAUCCGCAUCCGGGUCCUACAGGAGGAGAACGGGCGGCUCCAAUCAAUGCUGUCCAAAAUCCGGGAAGUGGCCCAGCAGGGUGGCCUCAAGCUGAUCCCGCAGGACCGGCUCUGGUCCCCUUCCAGCAAGGGAACCCAGGGAGCAACACCACCAGUCCAGGCCCAGAGCACAUCCCCAGGGCCUCUGGGCAGACAGCACCUUCCUAGCAGCAGGACGGGUAGGACCCUGCUGGGCCAGCCCUGCACAUCCCCACCUCGGCAGUCCUGCGCAUCCCCAUCUCGGCAGCCCUGCAGCCAGCCCAGCAAGUCCUUGCUGGAGGGUGUGACCCACUUGGACACCUGCACCCAGAACCCCAUCAAGGAAAUGGUGACCGUCAUGAAGGUUUCUCUAAAUCCUGGAGGUCAUAGCCCCAGGAGGCCACUGAAGGCGGGGCAAGGCCUCCACCAAGCAGAGGACACCCUGCCAGCCCUGGCUUUCCCAUCCCUGUCCCUUGGGGGUCUCUUCAGCCCAGGGUGCCAUGCGGCCAAGCAUCUGGGGCUCUGGUUUUCCUCAUGAAGCCACCGGCCUACCCUGAGCCACCUCACCUGUGAAAGACAAUCUCCAAAAACUUGCUGAGGCCUUCUCAGGGUGCACGCUCCCAAAUGCCUGAAGCAUUUUCCCUUGGUGAAGAGGCCGUCAGGUAGAGCACCUCAGUUCACAGAGAAGGGUCAAGAGGGGCCAUGUAUAUAGCUGAGCUACCACAGCUUUGGUCAGCCCAACCUCCUGCUUCUGAGGGGCCUGGGAGUUGCUGAGGGAGGCUGGGGUGCCCCGGGCACCCCUCUCACAGGGGAGCACCCUGAGCCAGAAGGCCUGUGCUCAAGUCCAGGGGAAGGACCUCACAGCUGAGCAGCUCUCUCAGGCGCCCACCAACUCCGUGGCCAUGUAUUCAUUAGCUCCCAGUUCUGGCAGUCAGAAGUCCAGGUUCUGUGUGGCUGGGUUUUUUUGCUCCGGGUCCCAGAGGGCUGAAAUUGAGGCAUCUACCAGGUUGCGUUCCUUUCUGCCGGUUCUGGGGAAGAAUUGGCUUCCAAGCUCCACUUGUUGGCAGAAUUCCGAUCCUUGCGGCUGUGGGACUGAGGUCCCCAUGUCCUCGCUGGCUGGCUGUAAGCCAGGUCCUCUCACGGCUCCUAGAGGCCGUCCACCUUCCUUGCCAUGGGGCUCCCUCCAUCUUCAAGUCAACAACAGAGGAUUUCUCAUGUGCUGAAUCCCCCACAUGCUUCAAAUCCCUGACUUCCUCCUCUUCUACCAGUAGAAAACUACUUUGAAUAGGCUCAUGUGGUUAG